UAUAAAUCCACCUCUGUGUAUUUGGGCAGUCCUUCUCUCCACCUAAAGCUGCCGUGUCCUCCAGCCCAGGCUACACCGUGGCUUCUUCUUCUUCUUCAGUCAUGGCUGACCAAGCUUUUGUCACGUUGGCGACCAAUGAGAGUUACGCCCGGGGCGCCAUGGUUUUGGGCAAAUCCCUCCGUAACCACAAUACAACCAAGAAGCUGGUGGCGCUCGUCGGUCCACACGUGUCAGAGCCUUGCCAGUCGGUGCUGAAGAGGAUCUUCGACGAGGUGCGGGUGGUGGACGUGCUGGACAGCGGCGACACGGCUCACCUGGCCAUGAUGAAGAGGCCCGACCUGGGCGUCACCUUCACCAAGCUCCACUGCUGGACCCUCACGCACUACUCCAAAUGUGUUUUCAUGGACGCAGACACACUGGUGCUCUCUAACAUAGACGAGCUGUUGGAGCGGGAGGAGUUGUCGGCGGCUCCUGACCCCGGCUGGCCCGACUGCUUCAACUCGGGUGUGUUCGUCUUCAGUCCCUCCAACGAGACGUACGCAAAACUGCUCCAGCACUGCACAGAACACGGCAGCUUCGACGGAGGAGACCAAGGUGUUUUGAACAGCUUCUUCAACACCUGGGCGACGGCUGACAUAUCCAAACACCUCCCCUUCAUCUACAACCUGAGCAGCAUCGCCAUCUACACCUACCUGCCGGCGUUCAAGCAAUAUGGCGGCAACGCCAAGGUGGUCCACUUCCUCGGUAAGACCAAGCCGUGGAGUUACACGUUCGACCCCAAAGCCAAACAGAUCUCAGGCAGCGUGCACGAGGCCACCGCACACCCCACCUUCCUCCUGGACUGGUGGACCCUGUACUCCAGCGCCGUGGUGCCCCUGCUGCAGGAGCAGUACGGAGACCAGCCCUUCCACUCUGGAUGUGUGGAGGGUGAGAGCAGCCCGUUCGCAGAGGCCCUCGGGCCCCAGCUGUCCUCAGAAGAACGGAAGCAGAAAUGGGAACAAGGUCAAGCGGACUACAUGGGAAUGGACUCGUUCGAUAACAUCAAGAGGAAGCUCGACACCUUCCUCAAAUGAAGAGAUGGAAACAGGAUAUGAAGAGCACUUUCAGUAAAACAUCAUCACCACCGGUCUCGCAGUAAAAAACCAGGUUUUUCUGUCCACCUGUUUUAUCAACUAGAGUCGAGUCUCUCCCAGCACCAGCAGCCUCCCCCCCCCCCCCCCCCUCCCCCGUACUCCAAAGACAGAGCCGUUUAAAUGGAGGAACAAGUUACCUAAUAAGAGCGGCUGUAAUCGUCUAUGCAAGGCUGUCAUUGGCUGACAGCCGCACUGUGAAGACAAACAGGAAACACUUCUUACACCUUUUCUUUUUUUUUACCUGCAUUAUAAUUUGAGCAGUUUUGUUUGACACAAGUUGAUUAAGAGUCAUAUCAUUUUGAUUAUUUUUUUUUUUUUACGACGCAGUCAUCGAGGAGUCUUCUGAGCAUUUCUAUCUUACUUCAUUUGAGUCGAGGAGCCUCGGUUUAACACGGAUUUAUUAACACAUUGACGCACUUAGCAUGAUCGUGGAGCCGUUUGUGCCUUAGUGUCUCUGCUCUCUGUAGUGCCAUCAUCCUUCUUUUCUAGACUAGCAGCUGAUUUAGAUUUCUAACUUUCUUGCAUUGAACUUGACACGGAUGUGAGAUGUUCCAUUUAAACCUUUCAUCUGGAAAUAUUAAAAGAUUGAAAAGUU